AUGGCUUGUGCUAUCGGAAAGCUGCCUGUCCCGACCAAAGACGGCUACUGGGGUGUGGUUCAUGCUGUACAAGAGCAACCCUCACCGCGACUUCAGGAUUAUGGCGACCACUUUUCCCCGGAAUUCUGCGAUUUCCUCGACCAGUGCUUACAUAAAAACCCGCUGCUUCGACCUUCUGCUGCUGGCCUCCUUGCGCACCCGUUCAUUACAAAGAAUUAUUCGCCAAGGGAGCAUGCAAAUGGUCGGUUGAGUCGGGAUUGUCAGCCACCAUCGGCAGAAGCACUCGAGCACAGUCGCCAAGAAAUGAGAACCAUCGCCGAGAAGGCUCAAAGCUGGUGUCGAGAUCACGCAGAUGCUUUUCGGCGACUUUCCUACAUCAGUAAGUCGAAUGAGGUUCAAGAUACCUCCAACGGGAGUAAGAUCAUGGUUCUUGCCAAACAGCUGCGUCUACCAGUCGACGAAGUGGCGCGGCACUUUGCGUUCCUCGAUGAGUAUUGUGAAUGA